GUUUUUUUAGAUGCAGACAGGGGUAUAAGAGGCAGCAUAAGAAUGACAUGGAAAAAGCUUAACUUCAAAAUUCAUGUGCAGUUACCGGAUAGAAUUGUCGUCAGAAUAAACAUUUAAAAAUGAGGAUACUAUAAUGGAGAAGUUGGAUUUAUUUAUUUAUUUUUUUAAGUUAAACUUCAUUGCCAGAAUGUGAAAAUAUGUUUUACUGUGCUGUAAAGGAUGAGACAUGAAAGUAGAACAAAACCAAAACAAAACAGAAAAAAAAAACAUUAAUUUGUGUAAACUUUGUCAAUGUGCUCCUAUAAAUAAAGUUUAUUUGUUGAUGUGUGCCUGUGUGAGUUUCGACAAGUUUUCAGACGGAAUAUUCAACAUCAUUAGUCACUGUCGUGCUGCUUGGCUUCCACCAGCAUACAAAUUUGUUAUUUCAGUUUUUCAUCAAUUUAUUCAUUUUACUUUCUAAUUUUUACAUCCACAUAUGCAAAUUUUCUAACAUAAUUCCCAAGUUUUCCGUAUUUCUGGUGGAGGCCAAACUAUAUAUUGAAUCAAUAUUUUUUUCAAAAAAAGAAAAGGUUGUGAAAUAUCUUUAAAUUUGCUCUCAAUAUAAAAUAAUUUUAAAUAGUAACAUUUAUUUUACCUUUCUUUUAUUCACUUAAUGUAUGACGUUUUUGUUUGUUUCUACCCCAGGCAUUUUAUUUUAUGUUAUUAAUAUUGUUUUUUGUAUUUAUUUUUUUCUGUACUGAAAUUGAUGUUUGCAAUAAAGGUUAAAGAAAAAAAAAAGAAAGUAGUGACUGUCGUAAACUUGUCUGACCACGUGGGGGCCAUAGUGCCCUAAAUCCAUCCUUGACAAUCUCGGUUGAACCAAAGAAGAAGAAGAAAAGUCUCAUGGAACAUAGCUCACUGGACUUCUGUUUACAAACCUGGGGAGCCAACAGUUACGGGCAGCUGGGACAGGGACAUGCGGAGGACCAGCCUGUUCCUUGGCUCUCUGGAGGCUCGGAGCUGCAAACCGAAGCCGUCCGGGUCGUGAGGGGCGGCGGGGGGCACAGCGUGGUCAUCACUGAGGGUGGAGAAGUGUUUGUUUGUGGGCAGAACCACAAAGGUCAGCUGGGAAUUGGACACUGUGCAAACGUAUCAACUUUUCAAAUCUGCCCCAUCUUUAACCAGAGAGUCACAGAUGUUGCCUGUGGUUGGGAUUUCUCUCUUCUGCUAACCGAUAGUGGUAAGCUGCUAGCAUGUGGCUCCAAUGCAUUUGGACAGCUGGGUGUUGGAGAGACAGUCACUCACACUGCAGAUCCACGGCUUGUUGAGAGUCUGAAAGAGCCAAUAGUGAGUGUAGCUGCAGGUUUGAGACACUCACUUGCCGUUAAUGACUCCGGCUGUGUGUAUCAGUGGGGAAAUGGGCUUUUCAGUCACGCUAAGCGAGCCCUCGGCCCUCACUCUGUUCCCUCACACCUGCGCUCCAGCAUUCCUUGCCUUGUUCCAGGUCUCAGUCAGAAGAAAUCAGUGGUGGUUAAAGCAGGCUCCGCCCACUGUGUGUGCCUUACAGAAGAAGGGGAACUGUUUCUAUGGGGAAGCAACAAACACGGCCAGUUGGGCACUUCAGAGUCCUUCCUGCCUUCUCCCUCUCCUCUCAGGCGGUCUCUCUUAAAUGGAGAAAAAGUUUCAAACGUGUGGAGCGGAUGGAGCCACAUCAUUGCUCAAACAGAGAGUGGUCGAGUCUUCACCUGGGGCAGAGGAGAUUAUGGACAGCUGGGUCGACCAAAUUCAGACUCUCAGAGUCCAGAGCAGCUGCUAACAGACUCUGUAGCAGGAAACGGCCAAAGCAGGGCAGUUUGCCUCCCUGCAGAAGUCCACGCCCUCCGCGGAGCAACACAGAUCUCUUGUGGAUCUGAGCACAACCUUGCUGUUGUUGGGGGUUGUCUGCUGUCAUGGGGCUGGAAUGAACAUGGGAUGUGUGGAAACGGUUUACAGACUAAUGUACCUCAUCCUGGACUCAUUUCUAAUCUACAGCCUAUUUUGAUUGGCUGUGGGGCGGGACACUCUAUGGCAGUGUGCACAAGGACAAUCGGGUCCACUGGAGCAGGAAUGCAAUGCGGCAUGAAAUUAUAGACUACAAGGAACUUUUUUUUGUGUGUGUACCCUUUUUCUGUAAACUACAGAGCCCCUGAAGGGACAUCGAAGUAAAAAAAAGAAAAAUAUUGAAGUAAAAAACAAAUAAAACAUUUUCUCUGGUUACUAUCUGGUGCUCACCAAACAGUAUCUGGUGAGCACCAAAUAGUGUUUGGUGAGCACCAGUUACUGUUUGGUUAACCCGCAGUUACUGUCUGGUGAGCACCAAUUACUAUCUGGUGUGCACCAGCUACUAUCUGGUUAGCAUCAGUUACUAUUUGGUUAACCCUCAGUUACUGUCUGGUGUGCACCAGAUACUAUCUGGUGAGCAACAGUUACUAUUUAUUUAACCCUCAGUUACUGUCUGGUGAGCACCAAUUACUAUCUGGUGUGCACCAAUUACCAUCUGGUGAGCACCAGGUAUUAUUUGGUUAACCCUCAGUUACUGUUUGGUGAGCACCAGAUACUAUCUGGUGAGCAUCCGUUACCAUCUGGUGAGCACCAGUUAUUAUUAUUUGUGAGCACCAAUUACUAUCUGUUGAGCACCAGAUACUAUCUG